GAAUUGCGGAACAAAACAAAGCAGAAAAUAACAAAACAAAGCCCACCAGAUCGACCAAUAACGCUGCUUGAAGUUGAGAAAUGGACGUCGAGGUGGACCGGAAAUUCGAGUGUUCGUUCCCGGGCUGUGGGAAGGCGUUUAAAAGAAGAGACUAUUUAACGAGACAUGAGGGAAAUCAUUCAAACGUCCGACCUUUCCAAUGCCUCCUGUGCCAGAAGUCGUUUGCCCGUAGGGAUCUUCUUGACAAGCACUUCCGCUCGAAGAGCCAUCAACUGGAGCUACUGAGCAAGGAUAACAGCAGGGUCACAGAGACGUUCAACAUAGAUUUGAACUCUGCCAAUCAACUGUUUCCGCCAACAAAGCGGUUGAAGCCGCUGCAACACGAUGAUGAGAAAAGCUCCCAUGCAUCGGAUGCUGAUCCCUUUGAUAGUGAGUCUAUUGAAAACCUGAUGAACUGCGGGAGGUUCUCUAACGUUGCAAACGCGAUUGAGGACUCGUUUGGGUGGUUAUUUGGAUCUGCCACUCCAUCAGAGGUGAGCUUUGAUCCGAGGGAAGAUAUCAGCAAGACGUUGCAUGCUAAUCAGGAACUUCAAAUAAUGGAAUUCGGAGUCAGCGAUGAUACACUUAUAAAGCUGCAGCGCUUUAUCAGGAAUGAAACUAAGCUUAGCGACCACAUAAUGUCAAGGGAAAACGUUAAUGUUUAUCUCACAAGCUACUGGCAGUUCUUUGGUGCAGUUUUCCCGCUUAUUCAUAGACCUACUUUGGACCUCAAUGCCUUUGAAAAGUAUAACUUGGGUAUAUACUUCCUGCUAUCUUUAAUAACACUUGGAAUGGCAUGUUUGGGAUCUUCACAAGUACCGCCACAGCACGCACGUCUACAGUCUAUCGAAAUUCAAAGAGCGCUGAGAGGUCACAUCCAUCACCUUUUGGAUACCACCGAGUACAACAUGUCAACAAUAUCGUUGAAGUUGGUUCAAUCUGCCCUUCUAAGUGAUAUUUUCCACUUGUACUAUGGUGAUUCCCAACAGCACAUCAAAUUCACCAUUCAUCAUCCAGUUAUCAUUAACAUUUUGAAACAGAUGGAGCUGUACGUAAACUUGACCGAACCGUACUUAGACCCACAGGAUGUGGACUUCAUCAAGUGGAGCAACUGGGUGCGAUACGAAAGCUUGAAAAGAAUUGCAUUUUUUGCAUAUAUCCUGGAUACCCAGAGCUCCUUCUUGAUCGGUACUUCCUCUUCUAUUUCAGUCUUUGACGUUCAGUUGGAACUGCCAUACACGGACUCUGUUUGGAUGGCACCGGACGCUGUCCAUUUUGCAGCAGCAUAUCGUAUGUUACCUCGUGAUUUGGUCGCAAGGAGAGACUAUGCCAAUCCUGGCACAUUGGAAAAACGAUAUCAAAUUAAUAAGGAGGAUGUUAUGUCAAAUGGUAAUCUCAUACCAAAUGUUAAGUCUGAAAGUAGAUGGCCAAACUUUCUCUGGAGUAUAAGACGGUUGAUGCAACCAUACACAGGUGGACAAGAGGAGUAUCACCUCAAUUGUUUUUCUCAAUUUUCAAGGUUUGUCUUGUUGCAUGGUGUCUUAUCGCUUGUGAGGGAGUUGAGGACUAGAAACGUUUUCAUGACUGAGAGUAAGGAGAGUGCAAAAGCUCUCAACACCAUAGCUGCAAGAAUUGAACAUGCUUUUUUCAGCUGGCGUGAGUACUUUCACCAUAAUAUCGCCGUUGCAAAUGCUGCCGCGUUACAAGAUCUACCUACCUUGUUGAACAGAUAUGAUGCCUCGCCGCUUUUUUGGGCAAAUAUUACUCUUUUAAACUGUGGGCUUAUGGGUCUGUACAGUAACUUUGGUAUGGUUGUUCAAUACUCUAAGACGGUGAUCAAAUCACUCAAUUCAGAGCUUUCAAGCGUUCUGAUCAAUUCCCCAGGGAAGCUAAGGUUUGAUGCAAUUGAAACAACAAAAAAUAAAAUUCUCAUCAUCACUUGGGCGAAGUCCAAAGACGGAGAAUAUGCAUUGACGCAGUCAUGUCUGCUGUUGCAGACAAUCUUGUCAAACCAGAGUAUCAUUUCAAGGGUACCACAUGUUGCUUACUCUCUUUAUCUUGCAACCCUGGUUUGCUGGGCUCAACAACAGAGUUCAGAUCAACUGGUGGGCAAUUAUGAAGACCUCCCUUCUGAAGAACAUAGAAAAAGAGCAUUUAAUUUCCUCACCAAUGCUCUACAAAGGACACAAGAGAUCAGUAAACUUGAGUUGAGAUCUUUGAUGUUACAGGUUGUCGAUGCUCUAAGAAUAGAGAGUGAUCCUGAAGAUCUUUUAUUGAAGGAAUUAUUGGUACUUGCUAACACUAUCUAAGUUAAGGCAUCUCUGUACCUCUCCAGUGCGAUCUUUCUCGACUCUUCCCUAUCAACAAUUGGUUCUGGAUAAUCCUUGGUUGGUGGAGGCUUGUGUAUUUCCUUUGAAUCUAAAUGAGCGAGUUCGGGUACCCAUUUCUU